CACUUUAGUGUUUACGAGCCCAGAGCCGUGCAGCUGCUCUGUUUCUGCAGGGUUUUUCCACUUUAUUCUCAUUUCCUGAUCUCUUAACUGUAUCCACGUCCGUUUGUUGAUGAAGACGUGUCGACGGAGUUUGAAACAUCCGAGGAAAAAAAGAAAAAACUUUGUCUGCAGCGAGUCUGUUCCUCCUCCGACAUGAGAUCAGGUGGAUGUUGUUGUGUCGGCUUUGGUUAAAGGAAUACCCCCGUUAAACAUCUGAUGCUCGCCUGCAGCUGCCAACAUGUUCACCAAGAAGAAGAAAUCCCGCAUCCAGAUCUCAGCCCCGUCCAACUUUGAGCAUCGCGUGCAUACCGACUUCGACGAGCAGGAGCAGAAGUUUGUGGGGUUGCCACGGCAAUGGCAGUCACUCAUCGAAGACACGGCCAAAAGGCCCAAACCGUUCAUCGACGCAACCGUCAUCACUACUGUAGAACCACGAAAGACGAUCGUUCGUGGCAGCAAGUUGGGAGUUGACGGCUCCUUAACGUGGCUGUUGGACGAGUUUGACACGAUGUCAGUGACUCGCUCCAACUCUCUACGACGAGGCAGCCCUCCCAUCCAGCCCCGCAGGCACUCUGGCUCUUCAGGAGGAGGAGGGCAGGAAAACGGAGAUCCUCACCGCAGACACUACUCACACCCUGACAGACAGGACCGAGACCGAUCCAGGCAGGAUCACCAUGGCGACCCCCGCCACGACCAUCGAGCAGUCCGGCCUCCGCAGAGAGAUGACAGGAUGCAGGGGAGGCCCCAGCAGCAGCCUCGGGGCCAGGAGCCCAGCAGGGAGAGGACGGGCUCCGGCCCCCCGCCCCCCCACAGAGACAGAGAGCCUCGGGACCGGGAUCAGGACCACGUGGUCCGCAGAGAUCAGCCCGGCGAACCCAGGCCCAAGUCCAGCUACACAGUACGGGAAGGCAGUCCUCAGUCUCCCAGGGACAAGAGGCCUCUCUCCGGGCCCAACAUCCGCACCCCGAACCUGCCCGUCACCGAGGGGGUGAUAAAUCCAGCCCAUCAGAACACGCGGCCUUUCAACACGUACCCACGGACGGACAGCGAAGGCGGACGCAGCCCCACGGGACAGCCGGUCCGCCAUCAUGAAUCUUCCCCGCAGAACGGACCGUCUGGGGCCCCGACCCGAGGUUCCUCCGGCUCCAAGGUGCCUGUGAACCACCAGCACCCUCACCAUUCUUCCCACCCCAGCCUGACCCCAGAGACAUCCCAACAACCGCACACCCCCCACCCCAACGUCCCGGCCCCGCGGCCGCCGGCGCCCUCCGGGUCCCCGGCGUCGGGUGCUCCCACCCAGGGCCGCUCGCCGCAGAGGGAACCCCAGAGGGUUUCACACGAGCAGUUCAGAGCAGCGCUACAGAUGGUGGUGGAUCCCGGCGACCCUCGGACCUACCUGGACCACUACAUCAAGAUAGGGGAAGGAUCCACGGGGAUCGUGUGCAUCGCCACAGUGAAGAGCACAGGAAAGCUGGUGGCGGUGAAGAAGAUGGACCUGAGGAAACAACAGCGCAGAGAGCUGCUCUUCAACGAGGUGGUGAUCAUGCGGGAUUAUCACCAUGAGAAUGUGGUGGAGAUGUACAACAGCUACUUGGUGGGAGAUGAACUCUGGGUGGUGAUGGAGUUCCUGGAGGGCGGGGCCCUCACCGACAUCGUGACGCACACGAGGAUGAACGAGGAGCAGAUCGCCACCGUGUGUCUGUCCGUCCUCAAGGCCUUGUCUGUCCUGCACACUCAGGGUGUGAUCCACCGAGACAUAAAGAGCGACUCCAUCCUGCUCACGCAUGAUGGCCGGGUGAAGCUGUCAGACUUUGGUUUCUGUGCCCAAGUGUCAAAAGAAGUGCAGAGAAGGAAGUCCCUGGUCGGCACGCCGUACUGGAUGGCGCCGGAGCUCAUAUCUAGGCUCCCUUACGGACCCGAGGUGGACAUCUGGUCUCUGGGAAUCAUGGUCAUAGAGAUGGUGGACGGAGAGCCGCCGUACUUCAACGAGCCGCCGCUCAAAGCCAUGAAGAUGAUUCGGGACAACCUGCCUCCCAAACUGAAGAACCUGCACAAGGUCUCCCCCCUGCUCAAAGGCUUCCUGGACCGGAUGCUGGUGCGGGACCCGGCGCAGAGAGCCACGGCCAGCGAGAUGCUCAAACACCCCUUCCUGCCCAAGGCCGGCCCGCCGUCCUGCAUCGUCCCCCUGAUGAGGCAGAACCGGAUGAGAUGAGAGGAAAUGUGAACACUAAAACUCUGGGAAUCUUGAGGGGGAGUGUGUGAAGACUCAGGUGGAGCAAGAAUACUCCUGCACACACACACACACACACACACACACACACGGGGAGAGGUCAGAGGUCACAGACGGCCGGCCCGCUCUUCAGAGACGUGUGCAGGAGUAUUCUCCCAUCCUCAUGUGAGUCACUGAGCUGUGGGCGGUGCAGGCCCUGCACGAGAGGCAGCGAGGUGUGUGUGUGUGUGUGUGUGUGUGUGUGUGUGUGGGGUCUCUCAGAGUCAUGAAGGAGCACCAGGGCAGCAGCGACUCACCUGUGGAGGGUUUUUGCUGGACGGGUUGGUACCUGGUCCUCUGCGUGCGGAAGCAGCCGGAGGUUCGGAAGGAGCCACGAGCCCCUCGGCCGGAUUUAGGUUUUGUUUUUCAAAGAGACGGACGGAGAAACGUUUUAAUCUUCUUCUUGGACAAUCUGGAACCUGAACUUUUUCCACUACGGAGAAAUCUCUCAGUUCAGAACUGGGACGCUGUUCCGACCCGUUCGGGACGUACUACUGAGAGACGAAGUCUGACGACUCGCACAAACUUUUAUUUUGUAGUAAUUAAAAGCCCUAGUUUCCUGUUGUAAACGAGCAGAACGUACACUAACUGAAAAGGUAAACACUGGAGUCGUGGUAGCAGAUUAAUCUUUCUCUUAUUUCCUCAUAAUUUUCACGUGUAAGUACAAUGAACAUAGAGAGAUGUCACUUCUGAUCAUUUGCCAUCUGUGUUUUGUGAUUGUUUUUAUUAUCAUUUGUUCCCUGGUUUAGCUUUUAGAGAUAAUGUGAUGAUUUUUUUUUAAAGCACUGUUGACAAGAGAUAAAAGCUGCACUCCCAGUCGGUUUCAGCUCAGCAGAUAAUUUACACUAAACAUUUAAUUUAGUCUGUUUUUCUUCCUGGAUUGGAGCAGUUAGGACCUUCUGGCUGUUACCCAGAGGGGUCCAGAUCUUACACAGUCCUGCGACACUGAGUCUAAACGAGUCGGCUCCCGCUUUAUUUUACUGUGGUAUUUAUAGAAAAAUAGGCUUUUCUAUAUUCGUAAUUAAAUAAAACACUAAUAUUUUGUUUCAUGUAGAAAAUGAACUGAAAAACGCUGCUUUCUCGGGAGUCUGGGGUGUUUUUUUAUUCUGUUUCUUAACUCUCUGGUCGUAAACUCUGGCGGGAAACAGCCAGCUGCCGAUGCGACAAAUGUCCGCCACAUUCCUCCGGAGUGGAUCCGCCGCUGGCCUCGCGGCGCCAACAGUGAGUCUUUGUCCACCUUAAAGGGAAACCCGACUCAGCGGGACUCCGGGAGGUGUCGAAUCGAGCGGGAAGGAAAGCAGCUUCCCUGAGAUUUAUGACCCCCGUGUCACACUCCCGCCGUGCCAAGUGGACCGUUAGGUGGAUAAACAAAAACCUCACACUGAGUCUAACGUUGCAUCAGGGUUCGUCAGAAAAACCUCAGGUUGAAUCCAAACUGCGGACAUUGAAUUAUAGACGGACGUUCUUCCGCCUGAGGGCCCACAGGCUGCAAGAUAACAGGCGCCCUUAUCGGCCGACAUGCGUUGUUGCACGCCGUCGCCCGUGGCAACCUUUUUUCCUGUGGGAGAUGCGAGGUAAAGAUGUCAUUCCUCUGCUGUAACUCACCCUGCCGGGGCAUCGCGACACACGCAGAUACACAGAAACACAGAAACAGCCUGCAGACGAGUCCCGCCGCCGUUUCCACUCCUUCUAUGUCUCAGAGUUUUGAAAACCGUGAGGUCAAAAAGAGAGGAGGACCUGCAGCUUCGUUCGUUGCCACAACACACCCGCUGUGAUGUUUCCACGCACGGUUUAAACACGCCGGCGCAGCAGCUGGAGGUCGAUGGCUUCGUGUAUUUUGAAGGUGAAAACUGAGUAACUGACGACACUGAGGCCUCGCGAGACUUUAUAAAGCAGGGACCACUUUAAUCACCACGAAAGUUUUUGUUUGUUUUUUUCCUGAUCUGUGAGCUGGAGUCACCGUUUCCACGCGUGGAUGUUGUCGUGAGGCUCAGUUCAUGAGGACGUUUCUCCUGAGAAGCAGCAGAUACGACCCCUGACCCUGCAGAUGUGCAACCUCUGUGGAAAACAAAAAAAACCUGAAGCACUUCCUUCCAGACGUCUCGUUCUGGAUAUUCCAGCUCCCUCAGUUGUUUAUGUAGUGGAAGUCUGGAUCUGUAACAUGAAUAUUGUACUGCUAUGAUGUGCUGAUAUCUGUGAGAGCAGAAGUUGUCACUUCCUUCUUGAAAACGUGAGUUCAUUCUUUCUUCUUUUUUUUUUCCGCCUCAGACGAGUUUGUUUUGAUGAAUCGUAACCUCGCCACCGCCGCAUUCUGUCACUAAAACCACUCGUUCUGCACAAAUCUGUCGCCCUGUGCUUUGUUUUCUUUGCAGCUUUCCAGACUUUAAACGUUUAUCUGCGCCUGGAUCCGUUUUGUGGUCGGAACAGUGACGCGCAGAGCGGGGUCCACGUCUCCUGAGCUGAAGGAAAUGAUGAACUUGAAUGAACGGUAGUGAAGUUCAUUCAGCUCAGCAUUUGAUUUUUUUUGCUGAUUUAACACUUUGAACUUCCCCGUUUUCGGUUUUGAGGAAGUGUUUCCGGACAUUCCAGAUCACAGUUUCUGAAUCCGGCUCCAAAACUCACUUGAGAAUCGGAUCCGUUCACCUUUGACCCGACAAGGUCAAACAAGCACAAAUCACAUUACCUGCUUCUGGAACGGCAUCGCCUUUACUGGAGCCGUAAAUCAAUAUGUUACAUGUAAACUGAGUUUGGUGUCUUGUCCAGGCGUAGGACCCGUCCCACCGGGUCGUUGGCGCGUCGUUAUCAGCGUGAACAUCUCAGACGAGUCCCUUCGUCCGCUCUGACGGGUUGUGAAGUAAACUCGUUACCCGGACGGGUUUUAGCUGCUGUUUGUGUCUGAUUUCCUGCCUUAACGAACCCCAACGCGAGCGUUUCUAAACUCGGGCGGUGAAAGACUCCCGGGACGCUCCCCAUCUCUCGUAUCCGAGUUUAUUUCUCCCUCGGACCUCUUAGACGGGUUUGAGGUCCAGUUUGAUUCAUCAGAAGCCCAUCUGCUGCUCGUUAGGGUGUAGUGCCUUGCUAAUGUGCAUCUUCCAACCUUUUUUUGGGGGGGUGGGUGUAUUGUUUGUUGUUGGAAAAGGACCCCCCCUGGUUUCCUCGGUGACCGUUUCACCAGAAGCCGCGAUGACCACUAACCCACCAGGAUCUGGAUUACGGGGGAAAACCGGGGGCCAUUCAGAUUCAUGUCGACUCGCCUCUUUUUUAAAAAAAAACAUGUUUUGUGUGACUAUCCUGUCGACUGUACCUGCAGCAACAUGCUUUGUAAAUUUCACUGGUGUUGUAUAAAAAAGAAAAAGGAAAAAGCAAAAAAAAAAAAAAAAGCAUAGACUUCCCUUUUCAAAUUUUAAAAAAUACACUUUUUGUAAAAGA